AUGAAAACGAGAAUACGUACAGGCAGGGCGGCACUGGUGGAGGCUGCGACCGUCAGGUCGGACCCAAUCCGAGCCGGUGAUUACGGGAGGCCUUUUCCUCCUGUGACCGGUCAGAGACGGCGAUUCGACCAGAGCCGGCUGCGGGUGCGGAGUAAGACAGCAAGUGAGAUGGAGGUUGCUGUGGACAAGCCAACAAGGGGCGCCUCAAUUUUACAGAAUCUUUUCCCUUCGUUUUGUAAGAAGAGUUGGAGGCGUAAUAUAUGGAAGGCCAGGAACAAAUGGCUCUACAAGGGUGACUGGAUCCAUGAGAGACAUAACAAAAAUCCUCUCCUCACUACAAUAUCUUUCUUUCUUUCUUUCUUAUGUGAGCACCUUCUUCAAAACACAAAUGAGGGUCAUGUCAUGUGGGAUCAACAUUCGGUAAACAGAAGGACUCGAACCGUGGCUCUGUUAAAUCCACAACCACCUCAUCGUCUCGCAAGCGCCAACUUCUUGAAAGAAUCUGGACAACCUCAGUCAUGCUUGGUCGAGAAUCGGGAUCUAAUAAGAGACACUCCUUUGCUAAGUAGGCCAUUACCUGCAUCUCUUCUUCUUGAAAAGCUCCCUUCAGUCGUGGGUCCGAGUGGAAGCAUCUCGAAUUUCUUGAUAAUCUUAGCGAAUAAGAAUUCACGAAAGGCAAACACCAACUACAAUAAUGCUAGGGAUGGGCUUUCGGCCUGUGAUGAGCUCAAGAAGGACAACCCCAAAACUGAAAACAUCGGACUUUAG